UGGUGAAAUUCAGGUUUCGAAUCGUUUGUAUGCAGGAAUCUAAGGACAUUUGUUUUUAGUGGAUUGUAUUUCAGAGUGACACAUUCCGAGCGGGAAUGGUUCUUCCACUAUUUGUUGACUGACUUCAUGAAAUUACUUAAAAUUCGUUUUAAAAUAUUGACUGAGCAGAAACAGAAAAGGUGGGAUGCUGCGUUCCAAGUUGCUGACUCUGGUUCUGGUGCUCCAGCCUGGCAGGGUGCUACUGGGCAUGAAGAAGCGAGGAUUUGGGGUUGGGAGGUGGAACGGUUUCGGCGGCAAGGUCCAAGUUGGAGAAACUGUCGAGGAAGGAGCAAGAAGGGAACUCCUCGAAGAAAGUGGCCUCACAGUGGACAUGCUGGAAAAGGUCGGGAACAUACAAUUUGAAUUUGUCGGCGAGGCGCAGUUGCUCGACGUCCAUAUUUUUCGGGCCGAUUCGUACAAUGGAGAGCCAAUGGAAACAGAAGAAAUGAGACCGCAGUGGUUUGACUUUGACAAAAUCCCUUUUGACCAAAUGUGGCCCGACGACGAGAUGUGGUUCCCGCUGCUACUGCAGAAGAGGAAAUUUGUGGGCUACUUUCACUUCCAGGGCCACGACGUCAUCCUGAGCCACAAGCUGAACGAGGUGGAGCAGUUGUGAGAAGAUGACGGCAAACUGUGUGGGAGGUGUCACAUUCCUCAGUGCCUGCUGUUCAGAGACACAACUCAGAAGUAUUGAUGUGGAAAUUAUACUGUGUGAGAAAUUGCCACUACUAAAGAAAUUGAAUUUGAAUACUGGUAAAAUGCCCAAAAAUAGAGGAUCAAAACAUUAGAGCAGAGCAAUUAGGGAUGGGCAUAAUAAUCGAUUAAUUCAUCAGUCAACUGUAUGUAAUUUUCAUUUACCGUGAACCCUCUUGUUAUUUGCAGUUCGAGAUUGGUAAAUUUGUCAAUUUUAUUUUUGGGGAACUUUUCCUCUGUCGUUUGCUGAAAAUGUCACCUAUUCGCUAGUUUUGCACUUAGGCCAAAACAUCUCGCAUUUUAAAAUAUUGCCUUAGCGCCAUCUGGUGCUAUCUUGGGACCACGCGCCUAUGUUGAACUGAGGGAAAUAGUUUCAUUUAGUCAGACCAUAGCUUUGUCUAAUAGGGAAAAAAAACUGCUUUGACGCCAUCUUGUGGCAUAUAUAGACAAUAAGAAACCUUUUUGUGUGGGUGUCACUAGUGGUUUUUCUUAUACUCAAUACAACACUGACAGGGGUACAUAUUUUCACAACAUUCAAUGCACAUAAGUGUAGCAAAUUGCCCAUUACUAAAAGCACUCCCUAGACAGCAUGAAAAUAUGUGCCCUCAUGAAUGCUAGUGGCAUCAUGUUGUCUAAUUAAUAACAAAAGUUCAUUACUGGUUGGUUAGUAAUUGUGAUUGUGCGCAAUAUGAUAUGUAUUAUUAAUUAAUAAUAAGAGUGAUAAAAACUACAAAACAAUUAUUUUCAUUUUUCAUAUCAGCAGAUUUAUCAGUCAACUUUAAUUUGUUAUACAGUUCCAGCAAAUAUAGGUUUGUGCACUGUUGGUAAGCUGUGUAACGGUAAACAAGUGGUCCUUUUUUUUUUUUUUUUUCCCCAGGUGUAAAAUUUGUUUCACAAUAACAAGUGUUCCAAAACGGCUUCAAAACUGGAGUUGCCUGGUUUGUCUGAUUCCUACGAUACAUAUUGCACAUCUGGAGUGUUUCGUGUGGUGCCAUUCAAUAGCUCAGCUAGUGUUGUCAGUAUUGUGCAGGUAUGAGUUUAGGCACUUUGAAAUUACCUUAUGGACUAACAGCACGUGGGAGCCAUGCCAACAAUAAACAAUUGCUUAAAACAGA